AUUAUAAUCCGGCACUUAUACUCCUACAGCAAAUCUGUAUAAAGUUGAUAUCGAUAUCAAUAUAGUUAUGAUUAAAUCAAAACAAAUUUUGUUUUAGUUUGUGUUGUUUAUAUAACAAAUUGCUGGUUGCUACGUACAUGAAAAAUGUGUGGCUGGUGCUCAAAAGAAGACCUGUUUUUGGAAAUCCCAGGAACGUCAAGUUUAUAAGCUCGACCUCGCUUUCAGAACCUGCAAAGGGCGGCGUUUCAAUUCCGCCUCCAAACGAGCGUUCAACAAACAGGCAGGCCUGGCUAGCGCUCAACUCCACCAUCGAAUGCACGAGGUGCUGUUCUUCGGAGGUCAUGGCGUUCAAAUACGCCGGUGCAGAACCUGCUGGAAUGACCACCGUAGACUCGACAAGCCUGGCGCUCAUCACCGCCAUCGAACGCAAGUGGUGCAGCUCCCCAGAGGUCAGGAGACAAACCUGGCGUUCACGCCGGUGCAGAACCUGCUGGACCAAUCAGCGUACAUGAUUAUUUGGUGUUAAAUUACGCCAAACUGACGCGCGCUGAAGGUCGGAACGACCACCGUAGAACCGGCAGGCCUGGCGCUCAACUCCACCAUCGAAUGCACGAGGUGCUGCUCCUCGGAGGUCAUGGCUUUCAAAUACGCCGGUGCAGAACCUGCUGGAAUGACCACCGUAGACUCGGCAAGCCUGGCGCUCAUUUCCGCCAUCGAACGCAAGUGGUGCUGUUCCUCGGAGGUCAUGGCUUUCAAAUACGCCGGUGCAGAACCUGCUGGAACGACCACCGUA